CGUUCGUCUACCAACGCUUCUACGAUUGGUUAGAAUGCGGCUUGUAACAUAAAAUGUGUUAAACCCAAUACAUAACACACUGAAAGCAAAGGAAACAAUGCAAAAUCUCUUGAGUUCCAUAAGAAGGUAAGAAAAGCCUGCUGGAUCAGACCAGUGGCCCAUCUAGUCCAACAGAUGCCUGUGGAAAACCUGCAAACAGGAUCCGAUCUCAAGAGCCUCUCUGGCAGCUGACGUCCAGAAACAUCUGCCUCUAACUGUGGACUCUGGGCACAGUUGUCGUGACUAGUAGCCCUCAGUAGCCCUCUCCUCCUCCAUGAAUUUGUCUCUCCCUCUCUUAAAGCCAUCUAGUUUGCGGGCCAUCACUGCCUCCUGGGGGACCAAGUGCCAUAGCUGAACUGAGUACUGCUUGAAGAAGCGCCUUCCUUCUUUUUAUCUGUCCUGAACCUUCAACGUUCAGUUGCAUUAGAUGCGCACGAGUUCCAGUGCUAUGUUAUUACCAGCUUUUUACCUCGAGCCCUUUUGCAGAAAGCCUGGCCUGGUAUAUGGCAGCUCUCUUGCCAUCUUUCCCAUUAGUCCCGAAUAUGUUGACUUCAAACUCCCAUCAGUCCCACCCAGCAUAGCUAACUGCAGAGAUGAGGAGAGUUGUGGUUCAGCAAAUUCUGGAGGGCCACAGGUUCCUCAUCCCUGGUUUAUUCUGAGUGGCAGCGGCUUUUCAGGGUCUCGGGCCCAGAGAGGUCUUCUCACAUUGCCUGCUCCCCCCACAAAGAUCCUCUUAAACUGAGAUCCCAGGGACCUGUGGUCUUCUGAAUGUUGCAAGCAUGUGCUCUACCACUGUGCUUACUGUGGAUGAGACUGCGCUCUCUGGUCAUGUGCCAUCCCAGCCAGGUGUGAAUGAGACCAGAAGUGACAUAUAUAUCUCUGUUCCUUUCCUUUAUAGUGGAAGCUCUGUAGUGCGGCAAACUGACUUCAGGGGAAAUGUUUUGCUGUUACUUCCAUCUUCUCACUGAGGGAGACCAGGCAGGGAACUAUGGCUGAGAGACAGCCUGCCUUGUGAGCAGUAUAUAUGGAAUGAAGCCCACAGAGGAGGGAGCAGGGGGAACACUAAGGAACCAAGAAGUCUCUCAUGAUGGCCAGUCAACUCCUCCCAAACCUUUGUCUCUCAUCCUUUAGCACACAGUACAGUCAUCGUAUUAAGUUUCAAUCACCCCCAGGGCCUUGAACUUUUGCCCUUGUGCACAAAGGCUAGGUUUCUGAGGACUAGGUUGGGUAUAGCUCUGGAAGCAAUUGCAUGGCAUUGAGCAGUGUGAUCUGAAGUCAUCUAUCUGCCUUUCCCUCAUGCCUGUCACUUGUACAGCGAAGAGGCAUUUGCAAAACACAAGUGAGUAUGAUGCCCAAUCUUGGCAAUAUAUUGUGUGACUGAAGAAUCUUUAAGUUCAAACGUGUGAAAAUGCAUAUGAAGCAGGAGCGUUAUAUAUGCCACAUGGGUGUUUUCCAGUCAACUGGGCGUAGGCUGAAGGCAUAUGGUGCAUGCAGCAAACUGCUGAGGUUAAGUUGUUCUGAGUCUGGUGUGAAUGCCAUUUUGAGUUCCACGGAAGAGAGGAGGACAUAGUGACUGGGACCUGGGGGAAAGUUGCAGUGUGGAGUUCAGGUUGCCUGCCGGCUAGUCACACCUUGAUACUCCACUUUCCCCAAAAAUUAUAUUAGUUUAUUUUUGGAUUUUCGAGUUUACAAACACCAACAAAGAGAACAAUUAAACUAUAAUCAAUGAAUCCCCUUUGACUUCCCUCCUCCCCCUUUGUGGAUCCUUAUGCCAACAUUGUCUCCUGCAUCACGUCUGUUACUCGGGUGGUGCUUCAGUUUGCCCAGGGGAGAGUAGGCAAGAAGCAACUUGGAUGAAGAGAAAGCCAUGAAGGAGUGCGAUGGCCAUGAUCCAGAGCAGGUGUAAACUUUUCUGUCAUGGAGAAUCAAGCCUACAGUUGCACCAGCCAACACAUAUGUUACAAAGAGAAGUGGGAAUAGAGUCACACUUGCUUGGCAUCUAAAUGGAGUCCUGCUAUUUAGACUGUGCGUCCCCGGCCAGUGAUAAAAUAUUUCUAUGUGUGCUGCCUCCUGCUGGGAAAGUUUAGGGAUCAGUCACUGGGUGGUUUUGAAAGUCUAAGCAAAUGAAAUAAGAACGUGCAUUUCCCCCCCAGAUAAGAGUACAAAAUUGUGCAUUUGGGACGGACUGUACAACUCGGUGGCCGAACACUUAUUUUUCAUGCAAAAUACCUCAGCCUCUGGCAUCUCUAGGUGGGGCUGAAACCUUGGAGAGCCUCUGAUAGCCAUUAUGUAGGAUCUGCAGCCCUUGGGUGAGGGGCCACUGGCAUCAGGAAUCUUGAGUGCUCUGGGCGCAAGCCACAAAAUGGCUGCCAUUCGGAUGGCUGGCCGGGCAUAACACAAAAUGGCUGCCACACCUAAAAGAGCAGAAAAAGAGACGGGCCCACAGAAUUGUGCCAGCCUUGGCGAUUGCCCCAUCAAUGGAGAGAAAGCACCUGCGUCAGACACUGCCAUGUCCCCCUCCCAUAAAGAAGCCCUUUGCUCUUCUUCGUUCAGAGGGUGGGUGGGUGUCCAGUGUAAUGUAAGCAUGCUUAAGGGUCUGUAGUUCGAUGUAGGAGAGGCCAAGCCAGCCAAAGAGCAGGAAGAACAAGUAGCCUCUUGUGUGUGGUGGAUUUUUGAGGGGGUAUAUUGUUUUGCAUGAGGUACUGGCAGGCACACUGGCACCUCCAGGCUCCACGCUGGCAUGUUGGCAUGAAGCGGCUUCAUGUAAUUAGUAUGCCUACCCCCUGAAGUCACACUGUUGCCUUGCCUUCCCCUACAUGGAGCUUGGGCACCCAGAGCCAGAGAAUCUACACAUGCCACUGGCUGCCUAUACCUGCAGAGCACCAGCUACAUGCAUAGGCGCCCUGUUCUCAGAUGCCCCCCCUCCAGCUGUGGAUGUCAGAGGGCAGAACCAGGAGACAUGGCGGGGGGUAGCCUCAUAGCCCAUUUCAGGACAUCUGAAGGGAGGCUUCUCUCUCCGGCGUAUCCUGUGGAGUGUGAAACCUGGGAAAGCCGUGUUCUUUCUUUAUGUUCCACAGUUCGCUAUCUGACAGGCCGUGAGCCAGAUUUGCUAAGGAAACAAUUUCACCUGAUCUGCUGUAACUCUACUACCCCGUUUUAAUCCAGUCACGAAAAGGUAAUUGCUUCCAUUUUUCAUGUGAAAGAAAACUGCCACCAAAAGCUGACAUUUUAAUCAUGCUUCUCUUUUCGGGUUCUCUUACGUCAUGCUCCCUGCUGGUUGCUACUCAGUAUUUUAUUAUAGUCUAACUGCUGCAGAAGAAGAAAGCAAUCCAGGGUUGGAAUCGGAGGUUAGCGUCCCUGGCAGAACCAGCCCUACUGUUAGGGCAGAGCAAAGCAACCUCAGGCAACAAGUGCUGGGCAGUAGGUAGUGGUAGUUUGGUGUGGGAGGGCAGAGUUAUGUGUGCCAUGUGGCCUGCCCUGUGCUCCCUCACCUAGUCCUGCAGGUGCAGUGGUGGCAGCCAGUGCUGAGGUGGGAUUCAGCUGCCAGUCUUGCCAGCUUCUGGGCAAGGAAUGACAGAGCAGGGUGUCAUGCCCUGCUUUGUCUCGGGCGGCAAAAUGUAUUGGACUGGCCCGGAUUACUGGGCACUGGCAGGAGGCCCACACCCCACCCAGUGGGCCUGCUGCCAACCCCUGGAAGCUCCAAGCCCUUCGCCUUGCUAUCACCUGCCCCUCUGAACAUGGGAGCUAUGACAAGUGAGAAGGAGCAACAGAACAGCAGCAUCCUUCUCCAUUUGCCUUGCGCUCCCCCUCUAGGUGGAGGUGCAAGUGGGCUUGGAGGAAGAAGGGAAACGGAUGGAUGGAGGGCUCAUCUUGCACAAGCGCCAUCCAAUACCUGGAGACCACACUGGCGCAGCCUUGGUCAUUCCCAUUCUGUGUACAGCUCCGAACAGGCUGGCGCUAUCCUGAAGUCUCAGGAGUAGGACUGAAUGGUGAUAAUGGACGAGAGCAGAGGAGCCCGUGAUGCACUUGGGGCUGCCUGUCACUGCGGCUACAGAGCUUGCCAGUCUCAGCGCCCAAUCCUGCUGCACCGGUGGAGAAGCCAUUGCUCCUCGGCAUCGUGGAGGGGAAGGGGAGCAAGCUGACAACAUUGAUGGGGAGAGACAGAGUGCCUUUUCUCCCCCCCCCCACCUACCCCCAGCCUGAGCUGGAGCCUGCCUCUGGUUUCUCACCAGUUCUGGGCUCAUCCAUCUUGCAUUGUCUCUGGGCAGAGGAGGGGGAAGCGCCCAUAAUCCCAUUAAAUGCCGCCAGCCCGUCUUCGGCUCAUCACAGCAACGAGGGCUGGUAUGUCAAUAUGGAGGGGGGCAGCCAGAGCCCUGGAAUGACAAUGGGGGCAGCAACACAGCAGGGGAAAUAGCUGGCAUGCCUAUCCCGUCACCGGGGGCACCCAGCCGGCCUUCUGGAGGCACCGUUCCAGAGCGCUCUUAAGCACCAUUCCCAGUCUGGGCCUGCUUAGCCAAGUGGUCUGCAGCGCCAUCCAGAUGCCGCAAAGCCGUGGUCUCUGAGGGCGGGGCAAGUUAGCUGGCAGGGGUGUGGGUCCACAGUAUUCGGAUGGCGCAGGCUGCCAACGUUUUAGCUGGCCACCAAAGCUGUGCUGCUCAGAGCAGCUUGAUAUGCACAGAUCACUGUCUCCACAUGCUCUGGGAAGCUUCCUUGCUGGGCUUCUGCAUAUCAAGUUGAAAGAGUCCAAGAGCAAGCCGAGCUGUUCUCUCUUUUCCCUUCCUUCCUUCCUUCCUUCCUUCCUUCCUUCCUUCCUUCCUUCCUUCCUUCUUUUCAUCCCCAGGCAUGACUGGAAGAGCAGUAGGUUUUAAGUAAGGAUCCUGGGAUCCCUGGUGGGGGAGGGGUGGAUUUGUGGGGAUGCCUGAAUGCCAGUUAUCCUCGCCCAUCUGUGUAUCUCUAGACUGGCGUGGGGAGUAUGGCUUUGACAAUGCCGGGAAGCCAACAGGCCUGGGUGUUUUGUAAAAGGAUGGGUUACAACACAGGUAAGUCCACCUGACACAACUACUCGAAUUUGGGCAUAUGUGCAUUGCACACCUGGUAGACUGCUACCUUUGAUAGUUCAUAAGGAGUUCUUCCCAAGGGGCAAAAAUGCUCUAGGGCUGCUGAUUGCCCUUCAAAUGCAGCCAGAUGAAGUCAAUAAAGCACAGUGAGCUUGUUCCUUGUGAUUCAUGCUGGAUGCAUUCCAGUGGGAAGACAGACCUGUCUUGUCAGGGACCGGGAUGGCUAGAGGGAAGGGACGUCACUUAGGCCUUUAGAUUGAAUAACCUCAGGGUGCUUAUUUAAGCACCGGGGGUGGGGGGGUGGGGGGGGUUGUGGAAAGAGGAUUUGUGAUGUUUUGCUGCCACACAGUGGUGACAGCAAUGUACUGCACCUUUGCAAAAUCUGCAUUUUGUAAUUUAUAAGAAUUUAUAAGAAUUUUGUAAUUUAUAAGAAUGCCUCUGAACUGCCACUAUUUUGCUUUGUUGUUUAGUCGUUUAGUCGUGUCCGCCUCUUCGUGACCCCAUGGACCAGAGCACGCCAGGCACCCCUUCAACUGUGUACUGAAAUUUUAAAGGCACAUCCAAACUGGUGUGUGGGUGUGUUUUCCUGCAACAUGUCAUUGACACAAUAAUAACGUAUUAAUGGUGGAUAUACACUAGAAUGUCCACACAUUGUUCUGUGUUAUUAGUUGCUCUGCAAAGCUUCCCCAUUGCCACUGCAUUAAUGUGAUACAAAGGGGCACUCUUGCACAACAAAAGUAGAUCCCAAGAAAUAAAAAUGAUCUCUGGACAUUUGUGCUAUUAAAAAGGUUACAGGAUUUCAGCAGGAAGCUAUAGGACGUGCACCAAUGAGAGGCAAAGGAGUAUGUCUGCCCCAAAACUUCCCCAGGCACAGACUGUAUUGAAAGUGGGAUCAUGUAUAACCAUCAUAAUAUUAUUAUCAUGAAUGCACAGAUAAUUAUUUCAUCUAGCUAUGGUGCAGAGGUUUGGGGUACCUCAAAGGUCUCCGGUCUGGAACCCCCACAGAAUUAUUUUUUAAGAGUUCUUUUAGGUUUACCCAAGGACGUGCAAUCUGCCAUGGUCAGGUUGGAAACUCGCAUGUUGAGCAUAGAGAGCCAAAUAGAUAAAAGAAUUCUCUGUUACUGGUUUAGAGUUCAACAGAUGGACAACACUAGGCUACCAAAAAAAUGCCUGAUUGAGCUCUCAAAUGAAUUACCCUUUAAAAACUGGGUACAUCAUGCUGCCCAACUGAUGGGCAAAUAUGACCUCUCAGUGACUGAGAUUAAAGAACUCCCCUUAUAUUCACAGAAAAAUAUUUUUAAAUGAACCAUAAGGGCAGUGGCAACUAAAAACGAUCUAAACUCUAUGUGCACAUCUACAUGUGCCCCAUUGUAUUUUAAACUUAGAGAGGUCAAUGAACACAUAUCUUAUUUUAAUGAAUUGACUUUUGCACAGCUUCGAAAAGCUUUUACAGAGCUACGACUAAAUACAAUAAGCUCUGCUUAUAGAGAUGGGAGACACAGAGGCAUACCAAAAAAACGAACGUGUUUGCAUUAGGGGAUGUUCUGAAGUAGAGGACCUUAUGCAUUAUAUCUUGCACUGUCCGUUAUAUAAUGAUGCAAGAAAAAGAUUUUUGGUACCUAUAAUGACAGGGUCCCCUGACCAGAACCCCCUUGACAUGAUGUUAUAUCUCCUUGCAGACACAGAUAAGUAUAUGACCUGGCGGGUAGCACUUUUUGCAACUGCUGCUAGGAAAAUUAGAGCAAAUUAUAUAGCCAAGGUAGCCAUUAACUGUAAAGGAGAUGAAUUUAUUUGAUCCCAUCUAUCUACCUCAGGCUAUGCUCUAUCUUUGUCACCAAACUCUGAAUAUAUAGUUGCACACUGUAUUAAUUGAUACUGUUUUUAACAUUAGUGACCAUGUGAUGAUUUUAGCUUAUGAAUUUUAUUGUUUAAUGUUUUUAUUUGUACAUUGGGGUACUUUUAUAGCUUUGUUUAGAGUACGUAAUGUUUUAAUAAUACAAAUGUUUUAAGUCUUUUUUUACCAAUUCAGUAUAUUUUCUUUUAAUUGUCAAAUAAUUCUGUGUACAUUGCGGCAGCCUUUGGCUAUGUGCAAUAAAACUGACCGAGACUGAUUUCAUCUAGCUCCAUACUGCCAACAAUGAGUGACAGCAGCAGUCCAGGAUUUCAGACAGGAUCUCUUCCAUUCCUACCUCGAGAUGUCAAGGAGUGAACUUGGGAUCUUCUGAAUGCAAAAUGUACUCUAGCACUGAGGUAUGUGCCUAGGUCACAUGUGUUUGCAAACACAGAUUUAUUUUCCUUCUCCCGUGCCCCUCUCUGUACAUUUUCAAAUAUACACUUAAACAUUUUAAGCUGCCCAAAUAGAUUCAAAAUCAUGGGACGUCCCUCCAGUUCAAUCAAUAUAGUUCUGAACAAGCUUGUGCAAACAAGAGUCACUAGGAUCUGUUUUGUACAAGUUAAUGCAAUACAUAAGCUGAUGGUAAUUUAUAGGUAGCAAGUUAGUUGCAAAUGUGCCCUUUAAAAUGAAAGCUCUCUCGUUAGCUACAUGCCAGUGGCUUAUAAGAGUGCCUUGUGCUGUUUAGCUUUCUCUUCCACAAAAUUAUACAGUGGUACCUCGGGUUACAAACACUUCAGGUUACAGACUCCGCUAACCCGGAAGUAGUACCUCGGGUUAAGAACUUUACCUCAGGAUGAGAACAGAAAUCGCGCGGUGGCCGUGCGGCGGCAGCGGGAGAUCCCAUUAGCUAAAGUGUUACCUCAGGUUAAGAACGGUUUCAGGUUAAGGGCGGACCUCCGGAACAAAUUAAGUUUGUAACCAGAGGUACCACUGUACUUUGCUCUGUGAUUGGGGGCAGUGACCAUGUUCAUGUUCAGAUGAAUCUUGGGAUGCUGGUGACUCAAGAGUUUUCAGACUUUGGUCCUGGCACCUAGAAAUUAGGAAAACAUACAGGGCGGCUGAUGAAGAAUGCAACGUAUUUCCCCCCUAGUCAUUCACAGUUUGUUACAACAGCUGUUCCUCUACUGUCUGGGUUCACUUUGAAAUCCAGACUUGUCUUUGCUUUCUUCUAGAAAUGUGAAAUUACACACAUUGCUGUAUUACAUCUGUUUUGUUUAGACCCUCCAAACACCACCAAUACUAGAUCUUUCCUCAUCUUCGAGAAGUCCCCUUAUCUUUUUUGGCAACUGCUCCUGCAGCACGCUCAAGGUGACAGUCUCUGCUGAUAGGAAAUGGCAGGCAUGUUUGCUUUCCACGUCAGCUUUAAUAAUAGGCAAAGCUACCUGUGAAAGCAAAUGCCUGAGAAUUGUCCAGUCCUUUCCAUUCCAUAUGGUCAAAGAACCCUGUAGCUGAGUGUGUAAUGGUCUAAAGAUUUUCUGUAGUCAGACACAUCUUAACUGCAAGUUGAGGUGUCUCUGUGUAUUCAAAGUUGUGUGCUAGUGUCCACAUUGCUUGUACCACCAUCAGCUUGUGUACACAUCUGCACAUGCAUUUGCAAGUGUGCAAACAAACAUUAUAUCCAUUUUGUAGGCUUCUCCAUAUCUGGGCUAGAGGUUGAAUCAUUAGGUGCAACGGACAAGCUUCUACACUUUUCAUUACAGUGCACAAACAGCCUUUGGGCAGGCAGAGCUUGUUCUGCAGGAUAUGCAAAGCUGCAGGUGUACACAUUUCCUUUUGGAAAUAAUUAGUAAAAGUUCAGAAGUCCCAUGUUCUCCUUUCCACCUGGCCACUCCAAACCAGUGCACAUCUGUGCAUAUUCACAACCAUUAUAAUUAUUCAUUAUAAUUAUUCACUGCCAGUGUGUAAAGCACCAUAGAGCUAGACAAGCAAUAUAGACAGGUCCCUGCGCCCACAGAGCUUACAGUUUAAAACAGUGAAGAAACAAAGGGAGGAAAGGCAGAGGAAAUGUAGGCAGAUGCUGACACCUUUUUUAAAGUAUGCUGGUAAUUAGGAAUGAGUGGGGAUUAAGAGGAAAAGCCAUACCAAUGUGGAAAAGGUGGGUUUUGCAGAAAGGGAGAGAGCAGGGAUCAUGUUUAUGUAUUGUGAAUGCAACAGUACAUGCAAGGAUCAGCAGCCCUGGAAGAACAGGGAGAGAUAAUUUAAGAGAGUAGGAGACCUGGGGGCCCAAUCGCCUUCUCAAUCCGUCCUGCGGACGGUCCGGGAAUCAGCAUGUUUUUACAUGAGUAGAAUGUGUCCUUUUAUUUGAAAUGCAUCUCUGGGUUAUUUGUGGGCCUAGUCUAAUAGUGUGAGGCAGGGAUGGCAGCGCAUGCGGACAGAACUUCCACAUGGUCAUGCAGUCCGUGUGACCAGGCCCUAGCUCUUAUUCUCAAAUGUGGGAUGGGUUUUUAUAGGUAAGAGAGGAUAUAUUAAUUGCAAUUAAUCCUUCCAGGUGCCCAAGUGUGUGGUUUGAACAGUGUUUUAAAAUAUCAUCCUAGUCAGCAAAAUUAAAAUGCAUAGGGACUAGGCCAGGGGACAGCAAACUUUUUCAGCAGGGGGCCGGUCUACUGUCCCUCAGACCUUGUGGGGGGCCGGACUAUAUUUUAUUUUGGGGGGGGAUGAAUUCCUAUGCCCCACAAAUAACCCAGAGAUGCAUUUUAAAUACAGUGGUGCCCCGUAAGGCAGAUGCCUCGCAAGACGGAAAACCCGCUAGACGAAAGGGUUUUCCGUUUUGAGUUGCUUCGCAGGACGAAUUUCCCUAUGGGCUUGCUUCGCAAGACGAAAAUGUCUUGCGAGUCUUGAGAUUUUCGCUUUCCCCCCCCUUUAUCUAAUCCGCUAAGCCUUUAAUAGCCUUUAAUAGCCUUUUAGCAGCUAAUCCGCUAAGCCUUUAAGCCUUUAAUAGCCGCUAAACCGCUAAUAGCGCUAAUCCGUUAAGCCGCUAAUAGGGUUGCUUCGCAAGACGAAAAAACCGCUAGACGAAGACUCUCGCGGAACGGAUUAAUUUCGUCUUGCGAGGCACCACUGUAAAAGGACACAUUCUUCUCAUGUAAAAACACGCUGAUUCCCGGACCAUCCGUGGUACGGAUUGAGAAGGCAGUUGGGCCGGAUCCAGCCCCUGUCCUAGGCUGCAAAACCUUGAUUUGAGCAAGUCCAGCUUUGAAGUAAGCUGGCUCUCCUAUUCUUACCGGCUUAACAAACAAUCAGGCAACAAAUUGGGAAGUAAAUUGGAAAGUAUAAUUUAUUUACCAGUACUUUAUGAUGUUGCACUGGUUCACAGCAAUGGCAGCAGUUAAAGCCAUGCAGGCAAAAUACUUUUAUUUACAGUGUAACUUCCUCUCCAGGAAAGGAGGGGAAAUGACAUCCCACAGAGUUCUUUCUAGCAUUUGUGUUUCUAUGGUCUGAGCAUCUGCCUAUCAGCAAUACAGCUCUGUGGGGUUGGCACUUUCUCACGCUGACAAGAAUAUGCCUUUAUUAGCUUUUGGCUGCUAAUCUCCCACACCAAAGCCGAGUCUUCCAAUUUGUGAAGAAGUGCCCUGUGAGCAAAUGCAGACUGUGCUCCUCCUCCCAGGGCUAUCCAGAGCCAGAUGGGCGGGGUAUAAAUAAAUAAUAAUAGUAAUUACUAUUAUUAUUGUAUUUUCAGAGAGGGUGGGCACCUUCCUGGGCGCCAUUGUGUGGGUGCUGUGGGGAACAGUGUGCUGACCUGCGGAACUCCCUGCUGCAGGAUUUCACCUGAGCCCAGGAUGGGGGUGGGGAGAAGAGGCCUGCUUAGCCCACCUUCCCCUUCCCACAGCAGCCGGAUGCCAGUGGGAAUCCUGCGAACAGAAGAGCACAAACAAGGAGGCACCUGUUUUGCAGCAAUAAAACUGCUAGCACAUUUGCAAAGUUAAGAAGGGUCAUGUAUGGUUUCACAUUGGAUGGGGGGGGGGUCCUGCAUGGCAAAGGGGUGGACUAGAUGACCCUCGGGAUCCCUUGCAACUCCACGAUUCUUCUCCAGCAACAUUCCUACAUUACUUGCACCCCGUUCGGUGUUGCUGCGCCCGUGUCUCUCGAAGGCCUGAGAGCAGCACCUCAGCUACGCUCCCGGUGCCCGGAGAGCCCCCUUGCUCGCUCGCUCGCUCCGGCCCUCCUUCCUUCCUCCGGGGCGGGGAAGCGGGCAGCAGGGGGCGGCGCCAGGAGGAGGCACCCUGCCCUGCCCUGCGGUGCAAGCCCGGCCGCCGCUGCUCCGGCUCCGUGGGCCCCCUCUCUCUCGCCAUGCCACCUCUCCGCUUCGGCCUCGUCCUCGUCCUCCUGUGCGCAGCCGGCAGCCGCGCGCAGCGGGCGGAGGACGAGCCCGAGAGCCCGAGCGAAAGCGCGCCCCGGGAGCUGCAGCUGGAAACCCUGGUGAGGGCGCGCGGGCGCAGCUGCGUGUCCUGCCCGGCCGGCGGCCAGAAGUGCCCGGCACGCCUCCGAGAUGCCGCCGGCGGAGCUGGGAGGGAGAGACGCAGCCCCGCGGCUGCCCGGGGGCGCGCCCGGUCCUCGCCCGGGCCCCUUGCGCGGCGGGUGGGGCGGGAGGAGCGAAGCAGCAGCGCCGGUGCCGCUGACUCUCGGCGCGCGCUUUGGGGCGCAGCGGAGUCUUUGGAGAGGCCCCUCCGCCGCCCCCCGUUGGCGCGCUGCUGCACGGAUGGAGAGCCACGUGCGGCUCGGAUCCGGGCCCCCCGUUGACGCCCUCCCCUCUCUCCGCAGGUGGAGCCCCCCGAUGACUGCGCGGAGCGCUCGGCGCUGGGAGACACGCUCCACAUCCACUACACGGUAAGCCGAGGCCGGGCGGAGGGCGCGGGGAAAGCCGCGCACGAACACGUCAGCACCGGCGCUUCCCGGCCGCCUGGGGAGGGGCUUCCCGCGGCUCCGCCCUCCGGGUCAGCCCGGCGCGGGUGCUGGGCAGGAAAGAUCGGGAGCGGGGGGCGCGUCGGUGCGUUUGGUUUUGGGAAGGCGAGCUGUGCGCCCCGGUGCCAGUCCUCCCUUUGCCGCCGUGGAAGAGGCUGCGCGUGUUUUCGGAGCAGCCUUCCGCGUCACGAGGCCCAAUAGGCUUUUGCUCGGCUGGCACAUGGACACCGGGACAAGCCCUGGAGCCCGGGCUGAGGCUUCUGCGGGGCGCAAGGGCUCCUAGCAAAGGGCAGUUGCAGGCAGGCUGGUGCAGACCCCGCGUGGGGCAGCCGGGUGCCCUCCAGAUGGCGUUGGAUUCUGGCUCCCAUCAGUCUCUACCGCUGGUCCUGCAAGCAAGCGGCUGGCGGAGCUGGGAGUCCCAACAUAUGGAGGGGAUUUAGGGCAGUGCAGGCAGUUACCCCGCACAGGGCAGCCAGUCCAGGGGACACAAAAUAAUAAUAAAAUUAACAACAACAACACCCAGAUUUAUACAGGUACUUAAGGAGCAGAUGGGGCUCAUCCACCUGGGAAGGUAGCCCAUCUCAGAGAAGGAAACCCAACCUCAACCUUGGCUGCCAUGCAGGACAUCUUCUGGAGAAGAAAAGGCUAAGGCGGCAACCUUACACAAAUCUGGAGUGGAGUCCCUAAGAUAGUUGCCUCCUUUAGGAAACUCCUGCAGCCAAGCUGGUUCCAAAUGUGUUGCUCUACUUUGGACCACAUCAGCAAGGCCUGUCUUGUGAUCUGGGCAGCUGAGGACCUCCAUACACACUGCCCAGGCUUGCACCCCAGGGGUCUCACCUUUGUGCUGCUAUUGCAGCAGUUUGCCUUCACCCCUGGAGGUGCACUCCAUUGUCUCUCAAGAUAGAUGCCAACAGCCUACUGAGAAAAUCCAUUAAAAAGCAACUGCACCAAAAGGAAUUAUUGUGAAAAUAAGAAUGGGUGCCAAAUUUUGUCCUCAUUCAUGGUGCUGUAUUACCAAAGUCUGCCCCUGACAUAAUCGGCUACCCCUGGUGUAGAAAGUGUCCCUUGAAAGUCGAACAAGUAUUCUGAAGGGAGGGAAGCAUAUUUUCUUAUUUGCUGGGAUAGAUGAUGCACACACCACAACACCAUAGAAGAGGUGAUUCUGUCAGUGUGAGAAAAGUGAAUGCGUCUCCUUUUUAAAAAUCUGGCUUUUAAAAAAUAAUAAUGGAAAAUGACGUCAUGGUGGAAAUCACCACAAGCCUUUUUCCUGACACCGUGUUGCUCCAUUUGUCUCAGAACCACAAGUUUCCACACUUCCUGCAAGUUUUGUUUUUCCGUGCAGUUUAGCAACUGCUUGUGGGCUUCCCUUAGGAAAUUGUUUAGCUGCCAUGAGACUAGACUAGCUGCUGGACUGGCUGGGGCUUUGGUCGGAUCUAGCAGCUGAAUUGCUGGAUCAUAGCGUUCUUUCUUUGCAGGGUACACUUGAAGAUGGCCGCAUUAUUGACAGCUCUCUGUCCCGUGACCCACUGCAAGUGGAGCUGGGCAAAAGACAAGUCAUCCCAGGUACAUCUUUGGAACUCGCGCUCUGAGGCCAAUUUGGCUAACGAACUUCCCACGCAAUUUGGACAAGAACUGGAGCAGGAAUGUUAUCCACUAUUGGACCUUUUCCAAUACAGUGAUACCUUGGUUUACAACCAUAAUCCGUUCCGGAGGUCCUGUUGUAAACCAAAACAGGUUGUAACCCAAGGCGCGCUUUUGCCAAUGGGGCCUCCAAAAAAAAUGGGUUGUAAUCCAAAAAAAGGGACAAACUCUCCCCUUCGUUACAUAUCUUUAGGUGCCAGGUAAAAACUUUGUGUUUCCUGUUGCUCCUUUACAAAUGUUGCUUGCAUGUGGCAUCAUUUAAAUUCUGCACUGAGUGCAUGCUACUCUACUGAUGCACUCAGCAGCUCACAAGUGACUCUGACCCUGGCUGAAAGCAGUACGGCUUGCAUCCUCUGUCAAGUAUAAACAGUGCUGAAUGUAAGCCACACGUAACUCUUACCUGUGUUUAUUCUUUUGCUCAGGUUUAGAACAGGGUCUGCUGGAUAUGUGUGUUGGGUAAGUAAUUUUCAGUGUGCUUGCCUUGUAGUCUGUGUUACCAUCUCUGAACCCCUUCCCUAAAAUGCACCUUUCACAAGCUUAAUGCAAGCCACGAUUUCUCACUUUCUUAACUUGGGAAGGUUCUCUGUGAGGCAGUGUAAGAACUCUUGGUCUCCUCCCAUAAAUGUGCCUGUUGAAAACCUCUCUAUUCUGCCAGGCCUAUGCGGGUGAUUAAGAUUAUCUUGGGCUGGAGUAUUGUUUAGAGGGUUGCUGCUGCUGCUGCUGCUGCUGUUAAUUUUUUGGAUCUUUAUUUUGGAUCUUCUGGUUUAUGUGGAAGUUGUUCAGUUUGGUUGUGCACUUCCUGUUCAUUUGUUUAUUGUUUAUGACUACUUUUGUUAUUUUUGUAGUUGUGUAAUUUUUUUAUAUGUCGUAAGCCGCCUUGAGCUUUAACUUUGGAAAGGCAGCAUGCAAAUAAAAUGAUUGAUUGGUUGAUAUCCCAUAAUGGUUUUAAGAUGUUUGUUUUAAAUUGUUUUGACUUUAGGAUGGUUUGGAUUUUUUAUUAUUUUACUGUAUGGUUUUAUGAUAGGGAUGCGGGUGGCGCUGUGGUCUAAACCACUGAGCCUUGGGCUUGCCGAUCAGAAGGUCGGUGGUUUGAAUCCCUGCAAUGGGGUGAGCUCCCGUUGCUCGGUCCCUGCUCCUGCCAACCUAGCAGUUCAAAAGCACCCCAAAAAGUGCAAGUACAGGUACCGCUCUGGCACAAAGGUAAACGGCGUUUCCGUGCGCUGCUCUGGUGUCAGUGUUCUGUUGCGGCUUAGUCAUGCUGGGCACAUGACUCAGAAAAACUGACUGCGGAGCGGACAAAUGCCAGCUCCCUCGGCCUGUAAAGCGAGAUGAGCACCGCAACCCCAGAGUCGUUCGCAAAUGGACUUAACUGUUAGGGGUCCCUGUCCCUUUACCUUUAUGAUUUUAUAGAGUUGUAAACCACUAUGAUUUAUUUCUAUAUAUCAAUAAGCAGCAAACAAAUAUUUUUAUGUAUAAAUGUGAAAAGGAAAUCCAUCUUUUAAAAAAUUGGUGUGAAGCAUCCGUAGAGCAUUUAUUUGAAUCCUGCUCCCUCCAGCCAAGGAAUUUCUAGAUUGUUUCACUGACGACUGCAAUUUUCUGCCCGGGUUUUUUGUUUUUUUUUAAUGCCCAAUGAAUCCCCACUGAAGUCAACAGCUUUGUACACCCGUGUCCUGUCCUCAUAUGCUGACAUGGCAUUCCUUCUUCCUGGCAGGGAAAAACGCAGAGUCAUCAUCCCCCCUCACCUGGCAUACGGCAAACGAGGUUCCCCGCCAGCUGUCCCAGGUACAAUCCAGCGACUAGCACCUACUUGAUGGCCAUUCGGCAGGACAUCUUGGCAGGCUGUGUUUUUCUAGGCUGGUCUAUCGGCUUCCGUUGCCUUUGGAUGUACAGAUGGCACAUGGGCUCUGAUUUGGGGUUGAGGAACUGAAAAGGGGAGCUUGGAAAGCGACUGACUGUAGCGGGGUGGUCUCUUACAGCAUUUUGAUGCUGUGGGAUAGCUAGAUGUGAACUAUCACUGGGUGACUGCAUGAGAAAGAGGCGAUGUGGGGUGCUUGGUACAGUGUUGCAAGACAGGAUUUCUCCAUCAGACUUCUUUUUAAAUGCAAGAUAUUUAGUUCCUUCCAUUCCCUUCUCAUCUCCUGCUUAUCACGAAGCAGCGGUAGCAAGCAGUGGGUUUAAGUUCUAAAAAGGGGUGAGCUGAGCCUGAAUCCUGCACAGAAGCCGUGUUGGUUCAAGGUUUUCACGCCUGAAGCAGAGCCCAGUGGCCCGUUAGGGCUUUUAGUUUUGCUGCAGCAUGCAGCAAAUUCCUAGCUAUGCUCCUACACCCAGAUCUGCAAAGAAUUGCUGUAGUUAAGCAUUGGCGAAAUGUACUCUGCACACACUCAGAAGCACUCUUUUCUUUAUUAUUACUUCAUAAUUUCCUGGGCCGAAACAAGGCAUUUAAAAAAGUUUUCUGGGCUGAGCCGUGGUUUCACAUUUCUAGUGAAAAUGCACCCUAACCUAAGGUGAAUUCAGGCGUGUUGACUGAAUGGGACAAAAUUCACACAAACGUGUGGAAAGUCCAGAGUUGCAUUUGAACGUGUGAGGUAAGAGCCGCAUCCACAGGCGUUGCAGUGUUACUGAAUGCACACAACUUCUGGAGAAAACAUGGUGGCCAACCUGUGUAGCUCACAAUGGAGCAUCUGGCCAGUUCAGUAAAGAAUUAGGAUGUUUGACUUACUAGCUGCUGGCAUUGGGGCUGGAUGGGAUGGCAUCCUCAGCUGAAGCCGCCCUGUGCUCAUCACCCACAUUAACCCCAUUGCUUUAAGGAUCUGCGGCUGCCCCCAAAGUGUGGCUGGCAUAUGUGGUUGCAAUCUAGGUAUCAGCUUGGGCGAAGUAUAUGCUCCCCUAGGAAUUAGUUUGCAUAUAGUUUGCAGUUAGACAAGCAGCCGUGGCCCUGCUUACGUUCUGCCCUUGGCCUGGCAGUUCAUGUAGCCUGCAGAGCCGUGCAUUUUGAGCCUCCAUGCAAACGCAGAUUGGUGGCUGUGUUCUCUGCUGGCUUUUGUGCCCUGACCAAUUGCACCAGUGCAGGGAUGCCGGCAUAAAGAGGGUGAAGGCAACCCUUUGGGUCUCUCGCGUGGAGCAUCCUAUGGACAAUACAGAUCCUCAGAGAAACCUAGGAAGCGCAGUGUGGUCUACGUUGACUGGCUGUGACUGUCCAAGAUUUCAGGCAGGAUUCUCUUCCAACCUUACCUGUGUAGGCCGGGGAAUGGGUGUGCUUCUUUCUGCAUGCAAAAGAGGUGCUCUACCACUGAGCCACAGUCCUUCUGCAAAAGUUACCUUUUGCCAAUACAGGAUAUGGGGCUGGAGGGACCGAUUGCCUAGCACAGGGAAGCAGAACUAAGUUUCUCUUUUCUCCUAUGCUAGAAGUGACAUUUAGUUGCAGCAGCACCAGUGGGUGCAGUUUGCACUAUGAUAUUGAGGAGGGCCUCUUGCUAAUUUUUUUGAGCGAGCCCCCAAAGUCCUGACAGCACCACUGAGCAGCGCAAAGCCUUGUUUGUGCUUCUCUAGCUGCCAUAGAUGCUUAACACUGACAGGGCAGAUUUCCUAGGGACCUGCCUUGCCUGAAUUGUCUCCCAGCGCUGCUUCACCCAACUCCCUCCUCUCUCUCCAGCUGAUGCAGUCCUGCAGUUUGAGGUGGAGCUGGUGGGGCUGUCCAGAGCCACCUACUGGCAGAAGAUGCUGAAUGACGUGCUGCCCCUACUCUGCAUCGGGCUUGUCCCUGCGCUCUUGGGGCUCAUUGGCUACCACCUGUACCAGAAAGCCCGGGCACCCCGUGUCUCCAAGAAGAAACUCAAGGAGGAGAAGAGAAACAAGGCUAAGAAGAAAUAAAGUGCCCCCUCACCUUUUUGGACAUGGC